GUGCAUCCUCAACCCACCAUGGUAACUGUCAAUAACACCACAUCAUCCUCUUCAAACUUCCUCCUCACUGCGUUCCCUGGGAUGGAAGUGGCUCACAUCUGGAUCUCUAUCCCAGUCUGCUGCCUGUACACCAUUGCCUUCUUGGGAAACAGCGUGAUCCUUUUUGUCAUCAUUGCUGAGCCGAGUCUCCACAAGCCCAUGUACUGUUUCCUCUCCAUGCUGUCAGUUGUUGAUCUAGGUCUGACCAUUUCCACCCUUCCCACUGUGCUUGGGGUUCUCUGGUUUCAUUCCUGGGAGAUCAGCUUUAAAGCUUGCCGCAUCCAAAUGCUCUUUGUACAUGGCUUCUCUCUCUUGGAGUCCUCGGUGCUGGCAGCCAUGGCCUUUGACCGCUUCAUGGCCAUCUGUUACCCACUGAAGUAUGCCACUGUCCUCACACACAGGAUGAUCUUGGUGAUUGGACUGGUCAUCUGCCUACGACAAGUGAUUUUCCUCUUUUCCAUGGCUCUAGCCUUGAAGAAUGUUUCUUUCCACGGAGGCCAGGAGCUUUCCCACCCAUUUUGCUACCACCCAGAUGUGAUCAAAUACUCAUAUUCCAACCCCUGGAUCAGCAGCUUUCUGGGCAUGUUUCUUCAGCUCUACCUGUGUGGCACCGAUUUAUUGUUCAUUCUUUUCUCUUAUGCCCUAAUUCUCCGUACCGUCCUGAACAUUGUAGCUCCCAAGAAGCAACAAAAAGCUCUCAGCACUUGUGUGGGUCACCUCUGUGCUGUCACUGUUUUUUACGCGCCAAUGAUCAGUCUGUCCUUUACACACCGCCUUCUCAACUCCACCCCUAAGGUGGUCUGUAGCAUUUUGGCCAAUGUGUACCUGCUCUUACCACCUGUCCUGAACCCUGUAAUUUAUAGCUUGAAGACCAAGGCCAUCCGCCAGGCUGUGCUCCGGCUGCUCCAAUCUAAAGGUUCUCGGGGUCCCAAUGUGAGGAGUCUUACAGGGGGGUAG